UCUGCUAAACUCAAUACAACAAGAGCUUCUUUAAGCCCGAGCGCAACACAGAGCCUGCAUUCAUUGGAGUAAAGCGAGACGGCAUCGGGGGGCUGGGAUGUGAACUGAUGGGAAAUCUCUAACGCAGCGCCCGUGAGACUGGAGCAGUUUACAAAGUUCACACUUUAAUGAGUUUCUUCUAAAUGCACAAGAAGUGGAUUAGAGUUUGAAUUUCUUCUGAUUUCCAGAUAUUUUCAGAAAGUUGGGGGAAACGUGAAUACAUUCAAAGAAGAGAGGUGCAAGAAUUUCAAAAAGAUACAUAGUUCAUCAGCUUCAUCACAUCAUAUUGAACGUGACUUGUAGAAAGGAAAAAAGGAUUGAAAGAGCUCAACAACCAAAUACUGAACUAACUCCAGCACUGGGACACCAUUGCUUGUCCCCAGCAGGAAAGGAGAGAAUAACCAGAGUAAAUCAAAAUGUCUGGAGAGGAUCAGAGCUUGUCCGAGGUUGAAAUGAGCCCUGGGGGAUCUGACGAUGGCCAUUCCUUAUCCCCAGGUCCAUCAACAGGCGGAGUGGGCAAGGACUCACCUAUUUCUGGCUCACUUUCAAGUUCUUCAGCAGAUGCUUCAAAAAGGAAGCACGAGGAGGAAGAUGAUCGCUUUCCUAUUGGGAUUCGUGAAGCUGUCAGUCAGGUGCUAAAUGGUUACGACUGGACCCUCGUUCCAAUGCCAGUGCGGGUCAGCUCCGGGAAUAAAAGUAAGCCACAUGUGAAAAGGCCAAUGAAUGCAUUCAUGGUGUGGGCACAGGCUGCCAGAAGGAAGUUGGCAGAUCAGUAUCCUCAUUUACACAACGCCGAACUGAGCAAGACUUUGGGCAAACUGUGGAGGCUUCUGAACGAGAACGACAAGCGUCCAUUCAUCGAGGAGGCUGAGAGGUUGCGUAUGCAGCACAAGAAGGACCACCCAGAAUAUAAAUAUCAGCCACGGCGCCGCAAGAAUGGCAAGCUGGGGUCCAGCUCAGAGGGUGAUGCCCAUUCCGAAGGUGAGACCAACGCUGCUGGCCAAUCACACUAUAAGAACAUGCACCUGGAGCACGCCCACUCCACGGGGGCAGGGUCUCCUAUCUCUGAUGGACACCAUUCACAUCCAACUGGCCAGAGUCAUGGACCUCCAACACCUCCCACAACACCAAAAACUGAGCUCCAGUCGGGCAAAUCUUCAGAGAGCAAGAGAGAGGGUGGACGCAGUCUGGCAGUUGGCAAUGAAGGUGGCAGCACAAACAGCAGUGGAAAGCCACAUAUUGAUUUUGGCAACAUGGAUAUUGGGGACAUCAGCCAUGAAGUCAUAUCCAACAUGGAGCCUUUUGAUGUAAAUGAAUUUGACCAGUAUUUGCCUCCCAAUGGCCAUCCUGCUGGACAAGCAGGGGGUUCAUCAUAUGCAGUGGCAGCAGGGUAUGGCAUUAGCAGUGCCCUGGCAGCUGCAAGUGGACACUCAGCAACCUGGCUCUCCAAACAACAUCAUCACGUAGCACAAGCUGUGGUGCAAGCGAGUGCAGGGGCAUCAAGUGAAGGCACCAAAGCACAGGUGAAAAGUGAAGGAGUUGCAGCAGGUGGGCACUUUUCAGAGCAGGCAGCAGGAUCUCAGCUCACUUAUACCUCCUUGAGCCUGCCACACUACAGCUCUGCCUUUCCUGCUCUCACUUCCCGACCUCAGUUUGAAUACUCUGACCAUCAGCCGUCUGGCUCCUACUACGGUCAUUCAAGUCAACCGUCCAGCAUCUACUCAGCCUUUUCUUACAUGGGUCCCUCUCAGCGGCCUUUGUACACUGCAAUCACUGACCCAUCCACCGUCCCACAGUCUCAUAGCCCAACUCAUUGGGAACAGCCAGUCUACACUACCCUGUCCAGGCCAUGAGAGAAGAAAUAGCCGUUGUAGCUCUUCAUGGUGGGCAUUGUGUAAGGAACUAUUUGAUGACAUUUUGCAAUAAGCCACCAACAAUGUGGCUACUGAGUAUUUGUUCUGUUAUUUUCCCAUAUUUUCAAAGCAAAACAAGGCAUCAUUACUAACCAAUAGUGUUGCUACAUCCCAGAUAUUUCACAUAAAGUUUAUUGGACUCAAGGUAGGCCUGCAUGUUAAAGAAGAAAAAUAAAUGACUAAACACUUCACUGCAGGUUAAUGUCGAUGAACCUGUUAAACUCGGAUUCAAAUGGGAAUUUAAUCUUACAGUAAACAUGUUGUGCUAGACAGAAGAGCCAGUUGAGCCAGAUCUAGCCUGUUCCCUUUGGCAAACAAUGUCUGGGUGCUGCUGUAGUCUUAUUGGUUUCAUCCUGAUCUCGAAGCGGUUUUCUGAGAAAGGCUAGCUGAAUGACAAGGCAGAUAACCAUCUGAAGAUGCGAUUAUCCAAGCAUCGACGAAAGACUGGAAAUAUGAAUUUGCUCCCAAUAAAGGAUUUCAGUGUUUAAUUGGAAAUUGAAAAGACUGUCAUUUCCUCAUUUUAAUAGUUAAUUCCAAAUGUCCAAAGAGGAAUAUGUCAACAGUGAAGAGGAGGAGGCAGAAUGGAAGAAGGCAGAAAGAUGUUUGCCCUGAAUGAUUAUUUGCUGUGGACCAGUCCUAACAAGAGAGGUGCCCAAAACUGCCAUAUGAUAUUUUUGCCAAAUCCAUGGAAAUGCUCUUCUAAUUAGUGGUUUGCCUGGAUCAAUAAGUGGGACUAGCAGAAAGCAGUGGACGCAGGUGCCUCGGACAGAUUGGAUAUUUGUUGAAAUAAAAUGGGUCCAGAUGUCGCAGAGGUGAAUGAAAGCUGAUCAAAGUAAAAAAGUAAGACAGACAAAAAAAAAGAUCACAGUUGAGGAGAGAGAGAAAGCGCCGGGAAGCAAUACUGUGCAAUGAUGCCACUGCAGAAAAAACGAUGUCAGUCAAGAGAACACUUGUGUUUUUAUUUACGCGUCCUUGUCAGCAAUUAUUGGCAAAGGUGGUCAGUUUCGUUUUUUAAACUCAAGAAAGGGCCACAACAUUGUCCUUUUUGUUUCUUUCAAUGAUAUUAAGUUUUUAAGUGAUGUAUGCAAUUCCAGUCCACCGAUAGGACAGCAGGAGCCCCAGACGUCCAUGCAGUUCCCAAGUUAUGAAGCCUUGGAGUAGGGGGCUCCGACUAAAAAGUUCAAGCUCACAAUCUUUAACUGGGGAAAAAAAGAGUCUAAGUUUAUAUAUUCUGGACAUGCAUCAUAUUCAAUUUCUUAAAAUCAACUCAGCAAUUUAAAUCUAAUUAAUAAUAAUAACAAUAAAUGUAACUAUUGCAUAUUUUAAUUAACCAAAAUGAAGGAGUUGUUUAAUGUAAAUGAGAGUACAGCCUAUAUAUAUUUCUGCUUGACACUGAAAGUCUACACCACUUCCUUUUGUGUGUUUUCCUCUUGUAAAUAUGGAUAUUUUUUUUUUCUCCUUUUACUUAGUGUUGCCAUAUCAUGAAAAAGUUGAGUUUUAUCUUCUUGGUGUGUGUGUGUGUGUGCGUUAUUUUUUAUUUUGUGACAUGUGUGCUAAGAGGUGUAUAUGGGGAAUAAUAUUUAUAUAGAGUAAUAGUUUAGACACUCAUCCCAGUCUACAGUUAUGAAGUCUAAGCAAGAUUCCAUGAACAGACAGGUGCGGAAGCUGGAAUUCACGCACAGCGCUAUAAAACAGCUGCAGGUGGCAACAAUGGU